UGCAACAAUAAUGUAAUUGCUCGAAUCCGUCCUUGAUCGUUUUGGGAUAUUCUCUUCGUCGCCGACGAUGGACUGGAAAGAAACUCCGGACGCACAUGUCUUCGAGGUCGAGCUUCCCGGCUUCAAAAAGGAGGACGUGAAGGUACAAAUUCAUGAAGGGAGAGUUGUUCAUGUCAGUGCUGAAAGAAAAGAUGAUGAAGAAGACGAUGAUAAAGGCGGGGAGUCGCGGUGGCAUUGCCGGGAGCGGAGAUCCGGAAGAAACUUGUUCAGGCAAUUCAGUCUGCCCCGAAAUGCCAAGGGUGAUGAGAUGAAGGCUUCGAUGCGUGACGGUUUGCUCGUUGUCGUGGUGCCUAAAGUCGAUGAGGCGUACGUGAAGGGUAAGAAGGAGAGCAGAAGGAUGGAGAUUGAUAUCAUGGGUUCAGGGGAGGAAACCCACAGUUCUUCUAAAGGACUUGGUCGUUUCCUCUGCCGUAAAGCUUGAACCACUUGGAUUAUUUAGUAAUUCGUGUAUUGU